AUGUCCGCCGCAAACAGAGGCCCAGGGAACGCCAGCAGGCGGAAAAGGGCUCGCGACGAAGAGGACGAGAUCAUGUCUUCAUCGCCAGCUGCACUCCCUUCUUCUCCGCCUUUGCUCCCCACGAACGAGAAUGAUGAUGAUCUCGGGGAUGAUGAAUUGCAAACGGAGGACGACCUCAUUGGUGACAUUGACGAUGCAGAUGAGAUGGCCGAAGACGAAGAUGGCAUAGACCUGUUUGGAGACAACUUUAUGAACGAUGAACGCGAACGCCGCGACCAAGAGACAUAUCAAGGCCGGAUGAUCGAUGAUGACGGCGAUUACGACGAACUCGACCUGGCUUCCCGACGCCAAUUGGAAGCACGCCUGAACAAGCGCGACCGUGAGCUAGCUCGGAGACGUCGGAUGCCGGCUGCGUUCAUGCCCGACGACGACGAUGACGAUGCUGGCAUCGACUUGACAAAGCAGCCACGGAGACGCCGCCACCACUACGAUGAGGAUCAAGACGACAUGGAUCUUGAUGAGAACAUUAUGGAGGAAGAACUCUCCUUGGAGACAUUGCAAGACGUCAAAGCAUCCAACAUCACGGAGUGGGUCACCCUGCCCUCAGUCAUGAAGACCAUUGCUCGCGAGUUCAAGUCUUUCCUUACCGAGUACAUCGAUGCCAACGGCACGUCGGUCUACGGCACCCGCAUUCGCACUUUGGGAGAGGUGAACUCGGAGUCGCUUGAAGUCUCGUACGAUCACCUGGCUUCCACCAAAGCCAUCCUGGCCUACUUUCUUGCCAACGCUCCGUCGGAGAUGCUCAAGAUCUUCGACAAAGCCGCCUUUGAGGUGGUCCGACUGCAUUAUCCAAACUAUGAACUGAUUCAUCCGGAGAUUCACGUCCGGAUCUCAGAUUUGCCCGUCCAAUAUACUUUGCGGCAACUGCGGCAGUCGCACCUCAACUGUCUUGUUCGGGUUUCUGGAGUGGUGACCAGACGAACUGGUGUAUUCCCCCAACUUCAGAUGGUCAAAUUUACGUGUCAAAAGUGCGGUGUAACUCUUGGCCCAUUUGCCCAGGAGUCAACAUCAGCCGAAGUCAAGUUGACCUUCUGCCAGAGCUGUCAAUCUCGGGGCCCUUUCACGCUGAACAGUGAAAAGACCGUCUACCGAAAUUACCAAAAAUUGACCUUGCAGGAGUCUCCUGGUAGCGUACCAGCGGGCCGCUUACCACGGCAUCGAGAGGUCAUUCUUCUCGCGGACCUCAUCGACAAAGCAAAACCUGGUGAAGAAGUCGAAGUGACAGCGAUUUAUCGUAACAACUAUAGUGGCCAGCUCAACAACAAAAAUGGCUUCCCCGUGUUUGCAACUAUGCUCGAAGCCAACCACGUCAUCAAGACUCAUGAUCAGCUCGCUGGCUUCCGACUGACAGAGGAGGAUGAACGACAGAUCAGAGCCCUUUCUAAAGAUCCCAAUAUCGUGGAUAAGAUUGUCGAUUCGAUUGCCCCUUCAAUUUAUGGGCAUCGGGAUAUUAAGACGGCAGUUGCGCUGUCCCUUUUUGGCGGCGUUAGCAAAGAAGCCCAGGGCAAACACAAAAUCCGAGGUGAUAUCAAUGUUCUACUGCUUGGUGAUCCUGGUACGGCCAAGUCACAAGUGUUGAAGUAUAUUGAGAAGACCGCGCAUCGGGCUGUCUUUGCUACGGGACAGGGUGCUUCGGCAGUAGGUUUGACUGCGUCUGUUCGCAAGGACCCCCUCACACAAGAAUGGGGGCUCGAAGGCGGUGCGCUUGUCCUGGCCGAUCGGGGAACUUGCCUCAUCGACGAGUUCGACAAGAUGAACGAUGCUGAUCGAACUUCUAUCCACGAAGCCAUGGAACAACAAACCAUCUCAAUCAGCAAGGCUGGCAUUGUUACCACACUUCAGGCACGCUGUGCCAUCGUCGCCGCAGCCAAUCCCCAAGGAGGACGAUACAAUAGCACCAUUCCCUUUAGCCAAAAUGUCGAGCUCACGGAGCCGAUCUUGUCUCGUUUCGACAUUUUGUGUGUGGUUCGAGAUACUGUUGACCCCGCCGAAGACGAGCGGCUUGCAAACUUUGUGGUCAACAGUCACGGACGAGCGCAUCCCGCAAGACUCGAGACCGAUGCUGGAGACACUGCCGCCAUGGAAACUGAACAGGAGAAUGCAAUCAACAACGGCGAACCGCAACAAGCAGGAGCCAUUCCGCAGGAGUUGCUCCGCAAGUAUAUUCUGUAUGCCCGGGAAAAGUGCCGGCCGAAACUUUAUCAGAUCGACCAAGAUAAAGUGGCCAGGCUGUUCGCAGAUAUGCGACGAGAGUCUCUCGCAACGGGGGCGUACCCUAUCACAGUCCGUCACCUUGAAGCAAUCAUGAGAAUUGCGGAAGCAUUCUGCAAGAUGAGACUGUCUGACUUCUGCUCUUCGCAAGACAUUGAUCGUGCGAUUGCGGUAACUGUUGAUUCAUUUGUUGGCAGUCAAAAGCUUAGCUGCAAGAAGGCGCUUGCCAGAGCAUUCGCAAAGUAUGUUACCGACUAA